CUUUUUUAUUGCCGAGUCCACAGCUGCAUUCAAAGCAUUCUCACUUCCCACACUACUCUCGAUCUCCUCUUCUCUCUCUCUUUCUCUCUUCUUCAUCUCUUCCAUCCAUCUUCAUAUAUGGCCUCACGCAGUGGACUCUCCUUUGAUCCAGAUCCCAUCACCCUGCACCCCCGCCACCGCUCCAAACCCCCUUCUUCUCAACCCACCCAAAACCACCGCCACCACUUCAUAAAGCUCGAACCUUUUCUCUCCCCCUCAUCCAUGGAGUCUCCGGUCAACAACAGGUCGCCUCCCCCCACUAUCCAAUUCCCGGUCAACCUCAACUGCUCCGACCAUCGGGCUCGCCAUGCCCAAGAACACCAGGAUCAUAAAACAACCGUCUUAGGUGAGAUGGACUUCUUUGCAUAUACCAAGGAUAAUGGAGAUUCCAGGGCCUCCGCCGUUGACGACGACGUUAAAGAUUUGCGCACGUCCACUGAAUUGGAUUUCACUAUUAACACCGGUUUGCAUCUUCUCACGGCGAACACCAGCAGUGAUCAGUCGAUAGUGGAGGAUGAGUUGUCACCGAAUUCAGAAGACAAAAGAGCUAAAAGCGAGCUGGCGGUUGUGCAAGCUGAACUGGAGAGGAUGAACGGCGAGAAUCGACGGUUGAGAGACACGUUGAAUCAGGUCAACAACAAUUACACUUCUCUCCAGAUGCAUUUGAUGACGUUAAUGCAACAACAACAAAGCAAUGGGAAAAUGGAGGAGUCUAAGCAGACGCGUCACAAUAAUAAUGGAGGCCAAAUGGUGCCCAGACAAUUCAUGGAUCUCGGUCUUGCUCCUGGAGGAGGAGGAGGAGGAGGAGGACCCACGGAGCCCGAUGAGGCGUCGCUGUCGUCGUCGGAGGGGCGGAGCGGCCGGGAACGGUCGCAGUCGCCGACGAACAAUAUAGACGAGGCAUCCAGAGAGGACAGCCCGGAAAAAGGGUCCGGUUGGGGAUCUAAUAAGGUGGCUAGAUCUGGAAAUGCUUCAAAAGGCGGUAGCGUUGAUCAAGCCACCGAGGCCACCAUGCGAAAGGCUCGUGUCUCCGUUCGAGCUCGAUCAGAGGCUCCCAUGAUUACAGAUGGUUGUCAAUGGAGGAAAUAUGGCCAGAAAAUGGCGAAGGGGAACCCGUGUCCUAGAGCUUAUUACCGGUGCACCAUGGCCGCUGGUUGCCCAGUUCGAAAACAAGUUCAAAGAUGCGCAGAGGAUAGAACAAUCUUGAUCACAACUUAUGAAGGAAACCACAACCACCCACUGCCGCCGGCAGCCAUGGCAAUGGCAUCGACGACCUCGUCGGCGGCGAAGAUGCUGCUGUCGGGAUCCAUGCCGAGUGCGGAUGGGCUGAUGAACUCAAAUUUCCUAGCGAGAACCCUCCUUCCUUGCUCUUCAAGCAUGGCCACCAUCUCAGCUUCCGCUCCAUUCCCCACUGUUACAUUGGAUCUUACCCAAAACCAAAACCCAAACCAAACCCAAUUCCCCAGACCCCCAAACCCCUUCCAAUUCCCAUUCCCAAACCCUUCCCAGAAUACCGCCGCCGCACUUUUGCCUCAGAUUUUCGGGCAGGCGUUGUAUAACCAAUCCAAAUUCUCCGGCCUUCAAUUGUCUCAGGACUUGGAAAACAACAUCCACGCUCCUUCCUCAAUGCCGCCGCACCAGUCCUCUCCGCAGAACCCGCUGGCGGACACCGUCAACGCCCUCGCCAGCGAUCCCAACUUCACGGCGGCGCUGGCGGCCGCCAUUACUUCCCUCAUCGGAAACCCGUCCCAUUCCGGCAACGUUACUAACACCUCCAACGCCAAUAAUAACGGCAGCGUUAUUACCAGCAGCAAUGGCAAUGACAAAGUCAACAGUUGAAAUUCGCAGCGGCUCCAAACCCAAACUGCUAUACAUAUUCAUUAUAUACACAUAUAUAAUCCCUUCUUGCUCUUGAUAAUGUUUUUUCCUUGUCAUAUACUCCGUAUUUGAUUUAGUCAAAUUUCGGUUUUGUUUACUUUUUAAGUGUUGUUAUGGGCUUUUGGGACUAUACCUUUUGGUUUAUAUUUUUAAUUCUUUUCUUGGUUUAAUAAUGUAAUUAAAUCUUAUGUGGUUUGGUAAAUUUGAGGAUGAUAUGGCUAUACACAUACUUGUUA